CGUGGCCAGCGACUCGGAGGUUCCGAAAAGGUGCGGAAUCAUGGCGGCGACCGAGGAGCGGGUCCGGGAGGACGGAGAAGAGGAAGAAGAGGAAGCAGAGCAGUUGGUUCUGGUGGAAUUGUCCGGAAUUAUUGAUUCAGACUUUCUAUCAAAAUGUGAAAAUAAAUGCAAGAUUUUGGGAAUUGACACUGAGAGGCCCAUUCUGCAAGUGGACAGCUAUGUCUUUGCUGGAGAAUAUGAAGACACUCUUGGGACCUGUGUUAUAUUUGAAGAAAAUGUUGAACAUGGUGAUGCAGAAGGCAGUAGUAAAACAGUGCUAAAAUAUAAAUGCCAUACAAUGAAGAAGCUCAGCAUGACAAGAACUCUUUUGACAGAAAAGAAGGAAGGAGAAGAAAGCAUAGGUGGUGUGGAAUGGCUGCAAAUCAAGGACAAUGAUUUCUCCUACAGACCCAACAUGAUCUGUAGCUUUCUGCAUGAAUGUGAAGAUGACGACGUUGUAGCUACAGCCUCAGAUAAAUCUUUGGAGUUGGAAGAGCAAGAAAUUCAAACAAAAGAUAAUUCAAACCUGAAUUAUGAACAGGGGAAAUCACUGAACUUGGAAGUAGAGAAUUCUGGUCCUCUUAUUGAUAUCCCUUCUUCUGAGACAGAAGGUUAUGUUUUUAUGGAAACUCAAGAUAGUGCCUCGGAAAUCACUCCUAGAUGAAAUGUUUCUCAUAACUA